AUGAGCAAAAUUAAUUGUCUCAUAACUGAGAGAGUUUCAUAGAUUCACGAAGAAGAACUGGAAGAUUCAGUUUAAUACUUAGUAUUAAUAAUAAGUGUAAGAAAAGAUUCUUUGAAAACAUGUAUUUUAUAAUAACAAAUGGAGAAAACAUCAUCAAAUUCUCUCAAGAUCUCUAAUUUUGGAUUGUGCAGCAAAAGGCAAAUUUUGCUUGACAAACAACUGAAAUAUUAGACACUUAUUUAAAACAGCCUCUUAUACGUAAUUCAAGAAGCCUGUUCAUAAACAAAGCAUGCAAAAUUUUAUCCCUAAUUUUCAUGA